AUGUUGAGACAACAAAAUACGAUGGCGCAAUUCGACUUCGCGACUGCUGCACCACAAGAAAACGAAUUAAAGCAAUUGAAGGUGGUAACGACUUAUUCUGCGAUCGAAUCAAUUGAAUCAAGCGAUUCGGUGGCUAUUAACGUCGAUACGACUUAUUCUGCAGUUGAAUCAAGCGAUUCAGUUGCUUUUAAACGUCGACAUGGAUUUUAA